AUUCCACUCGGGAAACAUGCGUCGCUCAGCAUAAAGCGAAUGGUUUGAAGCUCCUAUUGCAGCCAUACCCUAAUUAGGGCACGCAAAUUUCCAAUUUCAAGAAAUACAAAAGAAAAAAAAAACAGUAGAGUUUGCUCAACUCAAAUACCUUCGUUCAUGCUACGGGCUUUCGCAUUGGAGUGAAGAAAGUAGGUUAUUCCAGUUAAUGUAGUUAUCUAUUUGGGUUCUAGUAAUGGACCACCACAAAGAGAGAAUAAGGAGUGGGUGCCAGAAGAUUCUAGAAGGAAUAAAUUCAAUGUCAUUGGUAAAUUUAGAUGACCAGCAAGUUCAUUCCUUAGUGAUGAUGAGAGAGAUAGCACGUGGGGUUGUUGAUGAUCGAGAUAGAAAGGUGACCAAGAAUGAUGUGAUUACUGCCUUGCGCUACAGCAUUGAGAAAAUGGUGUGUGCGUCCAGGGAUAUCAUUCAAAUAUUUAGUAGGAUGUCCUUUGAAGGAUUGGAUGACCAGAGGAUGCAUUUAGUCAUGAGGAUGAAAGAAAUCGCGCAUGGGAUUAUUGAUAAACAACCUAGAGUUACAAUAACUAGGCCUGACUUACUUGAAGAACAAGUAAGAGGUUGGCUUUGUGGAUGAAGGGGUGAGAGAUAGUGCCAUGGUUGAGUCAACUAAGAUUAGCAAUGGGGAUGCCCUGAUUGAUGGGGCACAAAGUAUGACAAAUGAAGAUGAGAUAUUGGACAUGGAACAUGUUUUAAGAUUUGAAAAUGGGAUAGAUGAAGUACAGGAGUCUCUGUUACCACCAUGCUUUCAGCAACUUCUUAUGUGGCCCCCUGAUGAUUGUGUCACCAUAGAGUGGGUUCAGGACAUGAUGUUCAUGCUUGAGCAGGUUUCACGGAAGAUGUUGCCAUCUGGAUUCUGUCAUGUUGUGCCAACCAUGUUGGUGGAGAAAUUGACAGAUGCUGCUUGCAGUAUUUUAUGUAAAGAACCAAACUGUGUGGAGGUUAAUUGUCUAGGAGAAGACUCAAGAGUCAUUGUAGUAGGUGGUAUACAUGGGCAGUUUCAUGAUUUAAUGUUUCUAAUGAAGCAUGCAGGAGUGCCCUCUGAGAACCAGAUUUAUGUUUUCAAUGGAAAUUAUGUAGAUAAUGGAGCAUGGGGAAUUGAAGUAUUAUUGGUCUUACUGGCUUGGAAGGUCUUGAUGCCUCAUAGAGUAUAUCUACUUCGUGGAAAUCAUGAAUCAAGAUAUUGUACUGCAAGAUAUGGUUUUAAGAAAGAGGUAUCGACCAAAUAUGGUGAUCAAGGUGAAGAUGUCUACAACAAAUUCCUAGAGUGUUUCAAGGAGCUUCCAUUAGCUUCAGUUAUUGCCAACUGCGUUUAUAUUACUCAUGGAGGGCUUUUCCGUAGCAUAUAUGCAACCCCUUCACACAAAUCGAAAUGGAAGAAGACACAGAACAUGGAUCUUGGUUCCUUAACUGAGUUAUCUGAAGUUAAAAGAACUUAUGUAGAUUCCCCUUAUGAAGGUCCUAACAUAUUAUUGAGUGACGUUGUGUGGUCAAAACCAUCUGACAUGGAUGGUCUGAGGGAUAAUUCAGGUCAAAAAUUUGGUUUAUGGUGGGGUCCUGAUUGCACUGAGGCAUUCUUAAAGCAGCAUAAUUUAAAGCUGAUUAUCAGAUCACAUGAAGGACCUGAUGCAAGGGCUGGUAGAGAUGCUUUUGGGGAUAUGUUGAGUGGAUACAGCUUAGAUCAUGAUGGAGAAUCGGGAAAACUAUAUACACUUUUUAGUGCUCCAGAUUACCCACAGUUUGGUAAAAGGAGAUAUUACAAUGAGGGGGCAUAUGCAGUGUUGAAGUCGCCUGAUUUUGCUAAACCAUCCUUUCACUCGUUCAAAUCAGCAGAAAGACCGACGGUGGAUCCUUAUGUUGAUUUAGAUGCUAAUGACAUGGACUCGAGUAAACUAGACUCUUCUCAAAGUGCCUCAACCUCUGCCUUUUCUGCACCUGAAAGAUUUUAUCCAGAUGGGAUCAUGAGACCCGAGUUUGACUUUGGGGCAUUAGGCAUAUAUAAUGCUCCAUGUUGGAGUGUUCAGCUACCUGAUGGUUCAGGUGGUACUCACGUUGUGGAGGUUCCAAGGGCUCCAUUGGUGGAAGGAUUGCCUCUGCCUUCCAAUAUUCAGGAGCCACACAAGGCAGCUUAUGAAUAUUUGUUUGAGUUAGUUGCAGCCCUGAAACAUAUGAUUGUAUCAAGGGAGACUCAGAACAGGGCCCGUGUGUCAGCUUUGAGAAGUAGAGCUAGGAAACGAAAGGGUAGGGGUAACUCAUGAUGGGCACUGGAAACAUGUGACAAAAGGUGCUCGUUAUCCUUUGAUUAAAUUACUACCUCGUUGACAUGUUUUACUUGUCCUUUAUGUAAGUAUUAGUUUGACUCAGGAAUUGUUGCUUCAAUAUAAGAAUCUUUAGCUUUGCCUCCAAUAGCAUGAACCUAAGAUUUUCUUUGU